ACUGUUCGCCCGUAAACUUGUUUUGAAUUCGUAAGCACUAUAAUUUUGCUUAAUCAAACUUAUCUUUAUCGAUAAAUUACGGAUCUAUCACGUUAGUCCACGUACAGUUACGUCGACAGGUAAAUUGAUUUACCACGCGUCAGCUAAACAAGAGCGAAUACGUGUAAUAUUAUACAUUGAAAUUUAUAAGUUCAUUUUUAGUACGGUUUGUGAUUUUUUAAGUCUCAAAAUGCUACGAUUAGUGCUUAUAGCGACUUUUCUUCAGUGCACCAUUUCGCAGCAGUAUCAACAGAAAGUGGCACCAGGAGUGCCGCCGCAAAAUUACCAGAAUUAUCAACAGCCACCGCCUCCACCUGCACCGAUACAACAACAGCAACAGCAGCAGCAGCAGUACCAACCGCCGCCGCCGCAAUUUCAGCAACAGCAACAACAAGUUCCGGUGCAGCAACAGCAGGUUCCGGUGCAACAGAUCAACGUCCAACAACAACGACACGGGCAUGGAGGAGAUGCGCAAAUUUUGAACGCAGCAAACAUCGCCCAAGAAAGAGACCACAUUCAGGAGCAUAUGGAUGUUCCAAUCGAUACCUCAAAGAUGACAGACCAGGAGCUGCAAUUCCACUACUUCAAGAUGCACGAUGCUGACAAUAACAACAAGCUGGACGGUUGCGAGCUGAUCAAAUCUUUGAUUCAUUGGCACGAACAAGGUCACACCGAUGCUCCUCAGCAAGGUCAACCGCCGGUUGGAGAGAAAAUCUUCAAAGACGAAGAACUGAUAAACCUGAUAGAUCCAAUUUUAAAUAUGGACGACCAUAAUAGGGACGGUUACAUAGACUAUCCCGAGUUUGUGCGGGCGCAGCAGAAGAACCAGAAACAAGAGGGGCAGUAAAUACUCUGUGGGUUAUCGUGGCUGUAUAAUGUUAACAAUCUGUGGUCGAUACAAAAUAAUUAAUUUCUUCUCAAUCAGUUUUGACAGCCGCAUGCCAAAACCCAACUGUCAACUGUCAAGUGAAUCAAAGUUAUUUAUUGUUGAAUGUAGAAAUGUAUUUUAUUUUAAACCACAAAUUUUACUAAAACAGAAUGCAAGAAUAUAAAUGUCAUUAUAGUCAUGUUAUAAAAGAGGUACAGAAUCACACAGUUAGAAGUAUAAGUGAGUAUAGAUUUUUAGAUUGUCGACAUUUAACUAGUAAAAUAAGAAGGACUCCGCGCCGUGAUAUUAGCAAGUAAAGCACUUUUAUGCUAGUGUGUGUGCGAUUACGGGGAUACCAGUAACACAAAUUCUUCUCCCUUCUGGCCCCAAUGACUAUAAACUCAAAUUUUUUAAAUUGUGAUGGAUUGUGUUACACAUUUUGACAAAGCACGACGGCAUUUUUACAUAUUUUAUUGCGACGCAAACUCGUCUGUCACGGACGAUGGCAAAUCUCAAAAUGGCAAACGAUCGGCUUGUAUUAGUGUAAGUGUGUGCGUGGGGAUAUGUACUCGUUAGCCGGCUUGUUUUGGUGACACGGUGUCCUUCUUUUUUUAUUGGUCCGUGAUUGUCGAUAAUGUUAUACUAUAUACAAUAUUUCUUUGAACAGUGGAGUUUUAGCGUGCGGCUGUCAACAUGUAAGUGAAAUAUUUUAAAGUGAAUGCUUGUAUUUUAACUACUUGGAGAAUAUGUAUUGUUUAAAAAUAUGAGGAAUUUCAAUAUAAAUUUUAUUUAUUUUUAUUCUAUAUAUUAUAUAUCUAGCACAUAUUUUACGUAGUUUUAAAAAAUUAUCUUACAGUAUUCACUUUAAGAUAAAAUAAUAUCAAAAAAGGUUCUAUUCGCUUAUUGUGAAUGUCCAUUUAUUGUCCAAACUGGGCCCUGUUUUAAAAUCUUUUCAUAAAAGAUGUCCUCCACAAAAACUGCAUAUUUAUGUAUUUACAUUAUUUUAUUAGAAAAUAAUGUAAAAAAGAGCAUUUUGAUAUUAUAGUAUCAAAACUUGUAAGUCUAUGUAUUUUACCACCAUUUUGAAUUAUCAAAAUUUAUACAAUCUGCAAUUGCUGGGAUUUCUUUUGUGUGAAAGAUGGUUGACGAGACACUAACGAUACUCGAGGAUGAAGAAAAAAAAACUAAAAAUAGCAAUCAAUUGAAUAGAAAACAUUACCGCGCAAGUUGAAUGCAGUCGGGGCUUGGUCAACGAAUAUAUAAUAGUACUAGUACGGAAGUCUCACUCCGCAAAAUCAAUUAAAGAAAUAGGGACUCUUGUGGUCAUACAAUAAGGUGUAAUUCAGAUCGCACAACGCUACAAACCUACAUUAUUAUUCACCUAGAAGUUGCCUCUCUUUCUAUCGCGUGACUCUUACCUCUUCUGACGGCAUUAGGGUUGACCUAGUGUAAGAUCAUUUUAUAAAUAUAGCUCAGUUUUUUCUAUAAUAUUAAUAGGUAUGUAAUCUAAAUUUUAAAGCAAUAUUCUUUCAUUGUCAGACCUACUUUGUAUAUAGGAUAUAUAUAGGUAGCUAUCAUGAAUGCUAAUUACAUUAAUAAUAAUAAUCACUUUAAAUUCGAUUGUUUCAGCGUCCUUAGGAAGCUUAAAUAAUUUAAAUUAGGAUCUCAAUGACCUUUAAUAUUCUUUGCUUUAUUUAUGUUUCUCCAUUUUUAAAAUAUCGGUCGGACUGGUGAAGUAGGUAGUAGUAGCAGACAACAAAGCUCGCUCGUGAGUCCCUACUGACUGGCCUACUCUGUAGAGGCCGCCGUACGUACUUACGAUUUAAAUAGCUACGGGCGAAGUGAGACAGCUCUGGCGCGAGGUGAGACAGGUCUCUCGCGCCUGCAGUGUAGUGAUGUGCCCUAUGUGUCAGUUAUCGUACGCUUACCGCGUUAAUACUGAAGUUGCGAUCCCGCGGAUUUUUUUUUUAUUUUAAUAAUGACUGAUCCUUCCUUCCUUAUGGAAAUGGAAUACAAACUUAUGUUUGUAUUCAUCGCCAAGCACGAGAAAUGGCGAAAAAUGUUUUAGACAUAUGUAUUGAAGAAGAGCAGAACAAAAGUUUGAGAUGUAAUUUUUAGUUUUAAAUGGUGUAAAAAUUAAAUUUUUCUUUUUUUUAACCUUAUAUAAUAAAUAAUAACAGUGUAAAAUGGUUUAAUAUUAUCGACACUUAUUAUUAUCGUCAUCAAUUAUAGUUAGGUCACAUCACUAUCGCGUUCCUGAACUCUGUAUUCAACUCGCGCGUUAUCUUUAAUUAAUCAAUCAACGCACACACUCACGGAUUAGACGAAGAAGGGUACACACGGACCUGUUGGCGCUUGCGCACAACUAACAGAGUAGUCGGGCACUCGUUACUGUCUCACCAAUCAUAGUGUAAAGUAGUAAUUGUGGCACAAAAUGAUUAAAACAGACGCAAGAAUGUGCAUAUAACUGUCGCUUUGUAUUUGGUCUUUGUAUAGGUAAGUUACCCAAAGCUGGGGGCUCACAGAACUAAUUAUUUUGUUACACAACAUGCCUACUAAUAUUAUAAACGUGAAUGUAAGUUUGUUUCGUUUUCAUGCCUAAAUCAUAAUGAUAAAAUUUAGUACAGAGAUUAGGCUAUAAGACUAGAGCUUGAAAAAGGACAUAGGCUACCUUUUAUUGCAAAAAAAAUAGUGGGGUUGAGAUGGCAGUUUGUAUGGAAUUUCGUCAUUAUCGAAGAUAAAACCACGAAACUUUGCAUUAAGGCACUUGAUAAGAAAUAAUUUAUUAAUAGUUGGUCGAGUAUUUUUGAAACUUUGACCUUCAUGGGGAUGAAAUAGGAGAAUAAAGUUCACAGGGAAAUACUAUUAAAGAGACUGUCCACAAUGACAAGGGAUAAACGCUGUAUCAUAGCUGUCAGCAGCGGAAAGAACAAUUUGUAUGUGUAUUAUGAAAAGUAUCCUAUCUAAAUAAAUAAAAAAUGCCCAAAGUAACUAUUCAACACGGACGAAGUCGCGGGUAAAAGCUAGUAUUAUAUAAACCGGCCCGUGCAGUAUGAUGCGUCCUCGUUUGCUAAUUAACAGAUAUAAUGUGAGUGCUUUGCUUUGGUUAACUGGCCUAUACAGAAUGUGUACAAAAAGGGCGGUAAAAUGUCAUGGUAUUGUGUAUUACAAUUUUUUGGGCUUUGUAAAUGUGGCGGUAUAGAUUAAAAUCACUUUCAAAUCGUAAUAUGCAUAGUUCUUAUUUGUCUUCUAAUAUGUUGAUCUUAAGUUUAUCCAUUUAUAACACUUAAAAUUCUUAAAGUAAUGCUAUUAAACUAAGGGAAAUUUCAAUGCAGUUUAAAAGCAUAUUUUCAUAAACUGGUAAUAAUUACUUUAGUAAUUUAGAAAUUUUUAACAAUUACAUCAAAACUUGUGACAUAAGCGUAAACCAAUCAAAAUAGUUAUAAUCCAAUCAAAACUAUUAUAAUCCAAUCAAAAUGGCACGUACUAAAGUACCCUCAUCUUGCCGCACGUUUAUUAGUUAGUUCUUCAACUAUUAACAAACGAAACAGUCACAAAGAUAUCUCAAGCAUUUUAUUUUUCUGCAAUACAUUCCUAAAUAAUUUUUAACUUUAAGAAUAUUUUCAUUUAUAGGUAUGCCAUAACCAUGAACCUAGACGAUACUGUAGCUAUUGUUCUAUUACUGUAGUUAUCUAUUCUAAGAAAAAUGUAUUGUAUUAGAUUUUUUACUUUUUAAAAUUGUCUCUUAUUCUUUAUAAACGGAAUCUUGAAUCUUUCUGUGUCGAAUAUUUUAUGAUAUUUAAUUUUUAUGUAGUUCUUCUAAUGAUUGGUAUAAUACACGACAACCGAGGCAGAAUAUAAAAUUAAAUUUGGCAUAUUACAUAAGGAAAAUCACUUAUAUUACCUACCAUAGUUGACCAACGCGCAUAAUUAUUAUUUCAAGUUCUUUUAUUAAAUUAAAAUCAUGAGAUUUUAAAAUUCUUUCAGGGUGUGAAGUGUUAACGGUUCUUCUUCCGUCACCUUGUCAUAGAUUUAAUAAAAUGAACAGAGAUUAUUGAUAAAUAUAUUUUAUGCUUGCCUGGUAAUGUUUCUGGACUUAGCCGAGGAAAUCCUUAGUUCAUAGAAAUGAUGUGUGUAUGAAUAUGUAUAUUUUGAAAUUACCAAGACUAAUUAGUAAUUUGUUCUAUAUAAUAUAACAUCAAACUUAUUUUAAUUUAAUUCGGUUGUGUUUGGCUUGUCCUGAAAAAUUACAAAAUUACGAUUAAAAUACUUUACAUAAAAAUGCGCAGUAUUUUUCAAAAAUUUCUUAGGAUAUUAGAAAUUAAGUAUAGGGUUAAUUUUGUUAUAAUAUGUAUGUAUAUUCUAUAUAAAAUACCAUAUUUUAAUGUGUAAGAUGAUGUUUUGCACAGCAUGCCUGAUUAUGACCAAUCAAAUACAAAAUAGCUCAUGUGAUUUAUUGUGCGUCUGCUCGAUGUUUAAAAAAGCAAGAAAGAGAUUAUGAUUGGUUUGUUAAAUUCGUCCAUUAUUCUUAUAAACUUUAUUAGUUUUAUUUAAAUAUUUUAUUAUAGCGGUAGUUGCUACAUUUGUCUUGGCUGACUAAUUGCGAGAAACCAAUCAAAUCACUCAACUAACGCCUCGAUGUCUUUAAAUAUUCUAAAAAAACGUUUCUUUCUAUUUGAGAUCAUUUUAUGAAAGCGGUAGUUGCUACAUUAGUAUUAAAUUAUAAAUAUUUACGAAAACCGGUUCCUGUUUGAGACCAAUCAAAUCACACAACUAUCGCGUCAUUUUCUAUAAUUAAUGUUCUAUUGAUGUUAUUUGUGUCGAUAAAUAUUUAGUGUUGAAUUCAA